GUGCCCCCCCCCCCAAGCCUCAGCCAGCCCUGCCUCAUUCCUGCCCCCCAGGGAAGGGUUGGGGUGCUCCCUUGCUGUCAUGGCCCCCCCCCCUCCCUUUUUGCACCGUUUUUCCCAGGGCGGGGACACCCAGUACUGGGAAGGGGCAGAAGGCGGAAGAAAAGCUCCUAAUAAAUAGAGCUGGGAUGGAUCCGGCCCCUCCCCACGGCGGGGGGGGGCAGGAUCUGCUUUGGGAACCGGCUCCUCGGUGGCUCAGGACCCCCGCUAAGGGCCCCUGCCAUGGCUGGGGACACCCAAGGGGUCCCGGGGGGGGACGCCGAGGGGGUCCCCCCCCUGGAUUGCGUCAUCUGCUUCGCCCCUUACGAUCGCCUCUUCAAGGUGCCCAAGGUUUUGGGGUGCGGUCACACCUUCUGCCUCGAAUGCUUGGCCAGGGUCACCCUGGUGGCCCCCGCCGCCCCCACCUUGCUCUGCCCCCUCUGCCGCCGCCCCACGCCUUUGCCCCCCCGCCGCGGCCCCCCGGCUUUGCCCACCCCCCCCCAUCUCCUGGCUCUCCUCCCCCCCGGCCCCACUGCCUCCGUCCGCUUCAACCGCCCCAAGGGGCUCCUCUACGUCCCCCCCCCUCGCCCCAAGCCCCCCGCUCAGCUCCCCACUGUCACCCUCAGCCUGGAAUUGGGGCGACCUGAGCCCCCCCCCGCGCCCCCCAACGGGGCUUGGCCCCGGCUCUCCGGCCGGUGGUCUCUGUGCCGAGCGGUGGCCUUGGCGGUGGCCUUGACGGUGGGAGGGGGCUUGGCAUUCUGCGGAGUCUUCCUCUUCUUCCUCCAGCCCGGGGCGUGCGGGGAGGGGGGGCUGCUGCCAAACAGCACCUGGGGAAAGCAGGGCUGGCCCCCCUAUUGAGAGGAGCCCCCCCCCCCUUCCAUCUGGGGGACCCCCUCAUGGUGACAAAUCUUUGCUCCCCCCGUUGCUCGUGCCCUCGCCCACCCAUGGCUCGGGGGGGAGUGACCCCCAGGGUCAAGAUUUUGGGGGGGGGGGGCAGCCCUGUCUCCCCUGUAUUUCACAGGUUUUCCCAGAAGCUGACUGCCCUGGUUCUUUCCCCCCCCCCCCCCCCCAGAGUCCUGUGGUUGUGGGCUGGAUUUUUGGGCUGUAAAUCACCGAUUUUGGUUCAGCAAAGGGAGAGGAGCGGGGAUCCACCCACCUGGGACACCCGUGUCCUUGGUAUAGGGGGGUUCAGGGGGUGUCUAAUUUCCCCCUUCCCCCCCCCCCCUUUGCACCCUCCCCUGGUGCCUGGCACAGCCACCACCUUCCCCAGCCCCUAUCGGCGCCGUCCCCGGUACUGGUGGCGCGGGGUAGGGACGGUGUUUGCUGCUGGUGUGUGUUGUGGGGGUGGGUGCGGGGAGGGUUGGACCCGGUACCGCAGCUGCCUGGGCGUAGGGGGCAGGGCCCCCCACCUGGGUUUUGUGGGUGGGGGUAACGUCAAAGCAAAGACGUGUGGGGUGCGUGGCUGUGAACACCGUCACCCUGAAGGCAGCUGGGGUGGUUGUAAUGGGUGCUGGACGGGCUGGGACCAGGAACAGCCAGACCCAGGAACAGCCAGAUCCAGAAACCACCGGACCCAGGAACAGCCGGACCCAGAAACCACCAGACCCAGGAGCAGCCUGAUCCUUUCUUCGGUGUUGUCACCCCAAAACAGCCCAACUGCCUGAGGAUGACUGGGAGCUGGCUACAGCUCUCCGGCCGUACCGGGGUGCCCUUGGUCCAGGGAAGGACCCAAGCCCGAUGGUUGCGAUACGGUGUAGUUCCCCUUUCAUGGUUAAACACCACAACAGAGACAUGAGAAGAAGCAGGAUCUGGUUGUCCACUAAAGUGCGACUGUACAGAUGAGAAACCAGACCCCACGGAUACAACAGUCUGCGCAUACAGGACCCGACCUAACGCUGUGCCCCAACGUACAGCCCCAGCCCCUCCAACUGUGCUCCAGAGCUGGUUGUGAGCGACAGUCGGACAAUACAGCAUAAACCCCAAAUCUGAUUGUACCAACAACUGAUCCCAAACCAGCCAUUGGCUACAGCCGGCCCGUGCAUUGCAGUAACUGAUCCUGAUGUGCAAUUCGAUUUGAUUGUACGUACAAGUUGUGCACUACAGUCUGACUAGACUUAACUAGACUUGGUCGUACACUACAGCCUGACAUUAAACUACAGGAAUUGCUGCUUGCGAUACAACCACCCGCAGCCCCGGGGCCUGAUCCUGCGUUUCCCCCCACCCUCCACCCCCAUCACCUGUAUCAACACUAAUUUACAUGGGAAUUAAAAGGUUGGUGGUUUGCUACCCCAGGAGCUGAGCUCCGGUUGUGCGCAACGGUGCGGGGCAAGGGCGGGGACGUCGUGUGGCUGUAGCAGGGAGGGGCUGGAGGAGGACAAGUCAGCGGGACUGUCGGACUGUGCGCUAUGGCUGGAGUGAGAGAGGGAGAUGGGAUGGCUACGGAGGAGUUUGGGGGGGACUUCCCAUGUCGUUAACUCAGUCCUGGCCCCCCACCUCCCCCCCCCUUAAUUAAGAGCCACCCUUCUUCCCCAACACCCCAUCGCUUCCCACCUGACAACAGUCGGAGGGUGGGCGACACCCGGAGCCCUGCGGGGUGAGGGGGUGACGCUGCCAGAGCCGUGGUCCCCCAGGUUAAGACGAAGAAACGUGUUUUAAAAAAAAAAUAA